GGUCCCUCUGGUCCCUCCAACGCGUCCCGCACAUCCUCCGCCAGCGCUACCUCUCCACCAUUGCCCUAAAUCGCGCCGUUGACAUCUCGGAGAAGCAUACAAGAGCCCACAGGCAGCAACUACCCACCACCCACUCUCUCAAUUUCGGGCUGCAAACUGCUACUGCGCUCAGCGUUCUCAUAACAUUCAGGCUUCAACGCGCACGAACAAUGUUGAGCGCUUUCUUCAUCUUCAACGUGAAGGGAGAGGUCCUCAUAUCUCGCGUGUAUAGACCAGACAUCAAGCGCUCGGUAGCGGAUGUGUUCAGAAUCCAAGUCGUUUCGUCGACGGACGUGCGCUCUCCUAUCACAACGUUAGGGAGCAUGUCCUUCUUUCAUGUCCGCCAUGAGAAUAUCUACCUGGUCGGAGUCACGAAGAUAAACGCGAACGCCGCUCUCAUCUUCGAAUUCUUGUACAAGGUGGUAAACCUUGGUCGCAGUUACUUUGGAAAAUUCGACGAGGAUGCAGUGAAGAGCAACUUCACUCUGAUAUAUGAGUUGCUGGAUGAGAUUUGCGAUUUCGGAUUUCCACAGAAUACAGAGGCAGAGACCUUGAAGCUGUAUAUAACAACGGAGGGCGUGCGGUCGGAAAAGGCGAUGAAGGAAGAAGGUUCCCGAAUAGCAAUACAGGCCACAGGAGCAGUUGCAUGGAGGAGGCCAGAUAUCAAGUACAGGAAGAAUGAGGCCUUCCUGGAUGUUGUGGAGAGUGUGAAUUUGUUAAUGAGUGCGAAAGGUACCAUACUUCGGGCUGAUGUUUCCGGACAGAUUAUUAUGCGGGCAUACUUGUCGGGCAUGCCUGAGUGCAAGUUUGGUCUCAAUGACAAAGUAUUGUUGGAGAAGGAAGGGAAACUUGGCAGUGCGGGUCGAAGAGCACCUGGGGCCGUGGAGCUAGACGAUUGCCAGUUCCAUCAAUGCGUCAAACUUGGCAACUUUGAGCGCGACAGGACAAUCAACUUCAUUCCUCCUGAUGGAGAAUGCGAGCUGAUGAAAUACCGUACGACGGAAAAUAUCAACCUUCCCUUCCGCGUGCACGCGGUGGUCAUCGAGGUUUCGAAAUCACGGAUGGAGUUCAAAGUGUCGGUCCGGUCACAGUUCAAUGGGAAGAUCUUUGGGCAGAAUGUGCAGUUAAAGAUACCGGUGCCAACCAACACCAGCGGCGCCAAGUGUUUCGUGACAGCCGGGAAAGCGAAAUACGUUGGUAGCGAGAAUGCCAUCGUAUGGAAGAUCUCUCGUUUCCAGGGGCAGCAAGAAUACCUACUUCGGGCGGAAGCCGAGCUCACUUCCACAACUACGAAGAAAGUCUGGUCACGACCGCCAAUAUCACUAGACUUCCAGGUUCUGAUGUUCACAGCGUCAGGCCUGAUGGUGCGCUUCUUGAAAAUCUUCGAAAAGAGCAAUUAUCCGAGUGUCAAAUGGGUACGAUAUAUGACGAAGCCAGGGACAUAUCAAAUAAGGUUUUGAUCAGCUUGUAGACUCCUCUUCCGUAGGCGUUCAUCCCUCUAAUUGGCGCCGGCCGGCGCAUGCCCACCGAUGCCUACCGAGUCACUACUGCCCGUUGCAUAGAAUGAUGCUACAAAAAUCAUAUAUCGUUGAUAGCCGUUUCCUUCAUGGGCUUUGGGCAACUACAGAUGGGAAAUUGCUCAU